AUGGAUGAUAUAUCGGAUCAGUUUAGCGAGAAUAGCAACGAGGAGAUCAGUUUACCGGAAGAUUCUGCGAAAACAGAAAUCCCGCUAAAAAUUGCUGAUCAACAUGUUGAAGCACGAAUUGCAUUACGAGCAAUGCAGGAAAAUGAUUUCCAUGAGGGCGUUUCAUUACUUUUAUCCAUGGAUGAUACCGUUAAAGAAGAACUUAGAUCAGAUGAGGAAGCAUCUUUAAUGAACGAUGAUACGGUUAAGCCGAGCACGGGGCAUACAAAUUUGGAGCUUUUCGAGGAUACAGCAGCUGAACUGUUUUCUCAAUACUUGAAGGUUUUCACACAACCUCAAGCACUUGAAAGAUCUGUGAAGUCAGCAAAUUUGGGUACAUUAUUUGGUGUAUAUUUGCCAACAGUUCAGCAUAUUUUGGGUGUAACCAUGUUCAUACGACUUUUCUGGGUUGUUGGAAUUGCUGGUAUAUCACAAGCAUCGCUACUUCUUGCACUCUGUUGUUUAACUACUUUUAUCACCAGCAUCAGUUUAUCAGCAAUAGCUACAAAUGGAGAAAUCAAAAGUGGUGGCGCCUAUUACAUGUUGUCGAGAAGUCUUGGAACAGAAUUUGGUACAGCCAUAGGAAUACUAUUCUAUCUUGGAAAUGCAGUUGCUGCAUCAAUGUAUUUGGUCGGUGGAGUUGAAAUUUUAUUGAUUUACAUUUUUCCUGAUCUUACAAUUGGCGGCAGAGAAGUGCAGUCACAAACAGACAUGUUUGGUAUGAUGUCGCAUAACUUACGAAUAUAUGCUACAUUGUUACUAUUGUUUGAAUUUAUUGUUGUAGCAAUGGGUGUACGAUUUGUGCAACUUUUUGCACCGAUUUCACUUUUGUGUGUCAUUUUAUCAAUACUAUCCUGUUUCGCUGGUGGAAUCGAAAAAUCAUUCAGUCCAGAGAAUGGACAAAGCGUGUGCAAAAUAGGCGAUCAUUUAUUGCAAGCGCAAGCAUUCAUGCCGCAAAAUGUAUCAAUUAUGCACAUUUGCAGAUAUUGCAAUGAAAAAUACAUAAGUAGGAGCGUUACAGGAUAUUGCAAUAAUGAGACAUGUUCCUUACCCAUUAAAUGCGUGAAUGGUUAUCCCGGUUUUUCAGGCAGUGUUCUAAAAGAAAACUUUAAAGCACCUCAUUAUAUGAAAGCUGGUGAAUACAAGCCUGGAAAGGCAGCAAAUAUCCAUGUAGAGGUGUACCAAGAUGUGAAAACUACAUUCUUCGUAUUGCUGGCUAUUUAUUUUCCAGCAGUUACUGGAAUUUUAACAGGAGCUAACAUGAGCGGUGAUCUCAAAAAUGCCCAAAAAUCAAUACCGUCAGGUACAUUGGGAGCGCAAUUGACCACUUCAUUUAUCUAUUUUGCACUUGCUUUAACGUUUGGUGCAUCAAUCGAUGGAGAUGUUUUACGUGAUAAGUAUGGAGCAUCAAUGGGAGGUAGUAUGGUUGUAGCAAAUUUAGCAUGGCCAAGCCAUUGGAUAUUAUUAGUUGGCUCGUUUACUUCGACAUUUGGAGCUGCUCUUCAGUGUUUGUGCAGCGCACCUCGUUUACUUCAAUGCAUAGCACAAGAUGAAGUGGUACCAGAAUUGAAGAGUUUCAGAAAAUUGACGAAAAGGAAUGAACCUUUUCACGGGUUGUUAAUAACAACACUGAUUGCUGAAUUAGCCGUACUUCUUGGUGCAAUGGAUCAUAUUGCUGCUGUCGUUGAUUUCUUCUUCUUGAUGUGUUAUGCGUUUAUUAAUGUCAUUUGUGCAAUGCAUUCUAUUAUCAAGGCACCGAAUUGGAGACCACGUUAUAAAUAUUAUCAUUGGUCAGUCGCUCUGCUUGGUGCAUUUCUGUGCUUUUUCAUCAUGUUUACAACGCAUUGGGAUUAUGCCAUCGUUUCAUGCCUUCUCUGUUUUUCGCUUUACAAAUAUACGGAAUAUAGAGGAGCAAACAAAGAGUGGGGCAACGGAAUGCGGGCUGUGUCAAUUUCAACCGCACAAAAAGCUUUGUUAACGAUAGAUGACAGUGAAGCGUCACAUCCAAAAGAUUUCAGGCCACAGUUGCUUCUCCUUUUUCCACUAAAAUGGCAGGAAGAUCGAACUGAUUUACGCUACAAGCGAUUGCUUCAUUUGGCAUCACAACUGAAAGCAAGCCAAGGAUUGUGCGUGGUUGUCGCAUUCCUCCGCGGUAAUCCUUUCGAUGAGAAUGAUCAAAAUAGCGCCAGUGAGAUACGGAAACGGUUAAAAGAAUACAUGAAAGAAGCAAAGCUUCGUGGAUUUGCAAAAACCCUUGUGUAUGGCGAAUCUCAGAUCUGUGGAAGUAUUUCGACAGUUAUCCAAAGUACUGGAGUUGGUGCUCUUUGUCCAAAUACGUUGCUAUUAAAAUGGCCGAAAUAUGGCUCAGAUUGGCCUUCUGAACCGUCUGAUUCAGAAUAUUCAACAUUUGUGGACAAAUUACAUGCUGGAUAUGUCAUGAAAAUGUGUCUUCUUGUGGCCAAAGAUAUAUCACACUUUCCCUACAUAAGUGAACCGGUAAGAGAUGGUUAUGUUGAUGCAUACUGGAUAAUUCGUGAUCGAGGCUUUCUUGGGUUAAUUGCCCAUUUAUUGUUGAAUCAUAAGGUGUGGCGUGGAUGUAAAUUGCGUGUAAUUGGUAUUGCUCGUGAUAGUGAAGAAAAGAACGAAAUGACUGGCAGGAUUAAUUUCUACUUGAAAGCAAUGCGCAUUGAAGCUGUUGUGCAGGUAGAUAUAUUAAGUGAUCCUAAUAUAUCACGAGCUGACUUUGAGCGAACAUUAAUGAUGGAAGAAAGGAGUCAAAUGGCACGUGAAGCAAGAAAGUUUGCGGCGAUAGAGGAGAAAAAUACUAAACCGCUGAAGGAAUCUGGUGAUAAAGCACCAAAUGAUGUCGAUAAUACUGAGCCCCUAAAAAAAAAUCGUUUCUGCGUUGAAAAACAUGCCGGUGCUAUCACAAUCGAUCGUGAAACUGAUGACGAUCCUACCGCCAGCGAUAUCAUAAAUGUAAUGGAAAAUCGAAGUAUUCAGACAUUUCCGACAGAGACAGAAUUAGGGAGGAAAAUUGUGAAGAAACUGCGAAUACGUGAUGAAGAUAUCAAGUACGAUAAUGAAAGAAUAAAGCGUUUACAGAAUCUGGACAGACGAAAAGUUCACAAAAUGCACACAGCUACUCGUCUGAAUGCUUUGUUCAGAAAGACGUCCGAAAAAAGCCAACUGAUACUACUUAAUCUUCCAAAGCCUCCCGUAGUGAAAGAAGGCUUCACAGAUUAUUUGCACUAUCUAGACGAGCUUACAGCAGGCCUAUCACGAGUUCUUUUUGUACGGGGAGCUGGAGCAGAAACUCUCACUUCAACUGCUUGA